CGUUUUGCUGAUUGUAGCCGCCAACUGUGUGCGUGCGUUUCAGAUACUACGUACGACAUGGCAAAGCAUCUCGCACUCGCGGAUAAAGAGUUCUUCUUCAUACAAUAAAAUGUUGUUGCUGCUGCUGCGGUCGUAGUAGCCGUCGUCGUCAUAGUCGUAGUCGACAACAUCAUCAUCGCUUCUCCUCGGCCGUUGUGAGUUGGUUUGUUUCAUUUACAGCGCCAACAAAUGCAACGGUAAAAAAAUUGGAAUCACUUUGUCGCGUACAAACGUGUUCUAACAGUAGCGUACAGAACGUCGCGGCGAAAAGACACACGCGCUGUUCUCCUCUAUUAUUACAAACAAACAAAAAAAAAGAUUCUUCUUUACAAUAAACAACAAACAAAACAAAAAAACGUUCAUUACACAAACACAAGAUUUUUGCUUAAAAAAAAUUUCAAAACAGAAACACAAAUUGUUCAACAAAAGCUCUACCCUUUUUCGGCCAAAAAAAGGAAAUAUACAAAAUUGAAGAAAAAGAAAAUCGCAAAGCAAAAGGCCCCAACCCUUUUAAAAGCAAGAUCGGAAAUUACAAAGAAAUUGAAAAUUUAGAAAAAAAGUCAAAGUGGAAAAUUUCUAAAAAAAUGGCAAACAAAAUGAAAUUUCUCUAAAAAAACAACAACAACACAAUAGAAAAAAAUUAUUUGAAAAAACACAAAGUGAAAGGAAAUUUUGCGAAAAAGUGUUAAAAAAGAGAACUGUUUAAAAAAAAAACUCAUCUCAUCAUUGCUAUUUGGAUAAUAUACAAACACAAAAAAAAUCUAUGAAAAUGCUUCAAAAUGCUACGCCACUUAGUAACAGUGAGAGUAUCCUCCUCUGGCACUAAACUCCCUGCAACUUUAGUUUAGCCUGUAGCCCUUACGGUCUCGGUACUCGCUUGACAUAUCUUAGGAUUUGAAUGUUAAGCUGUCGCCUCUGUUUGAGAAGUUGAAAAAAAUUAAUAAAAACAAUAAUUGUGCAAAAUUUAAUAGAAAGCAUUGAAGCCAAAACAGCAAUAGAACCUAGAGUUCAAUAAAACAAAAAAAGUUUGAUUAUUUUUGGUUGGGAAAAAACGCGCCUUACAAACAUCAUUCCAAUGUUGUCGUGUUUGGUGCCGUCGUCAACAUCACGUUUUGGUCAAGAGGAUAAUAUUAUCAAUCAAAGUAUGCCCUCAUCGCCAGCAUUCACCAUGCAAUUUCCUUCAUUGGCCUCUACAUUGCAUCACCAUCAUCAGCAGUCAAAGAGCAGUAGUGGCAGUAACACAGUUGAUGAUGAAAAUUCUAGUGGCGUACCAGCUUCAUCGUUGGGAGCUGCCUCACCCACACCUCAACAAACUGACUUUAUGGUCACAUGUCCUCAAUGUCACAUAAGAUUGGGGGGUUUCGAGUCUCUCCGUGAUCACAUUGCCAAUGAGCAUCCUCACGAUAAAUUAAACAUUGAACCCUCCUAUCCCAGUCCGCCAGCUGAACAUUUGCAUCAGGGGCAAAAUCUAGCCUCAAAUACCACAAAUAUGAUUGGUGAUCCUGCCAACACUAAUGUGGAUGACAGUGAUGACAACGAAAGUAAUCAAAGUUCAAGUGAAUCGAAAAUUUUUAAUAACAAUAACAACAAUAGCCAAGAGAAGAAUAACAAUAGUAUUAAUGCCACACCUACACAUAAUUCAUCUGCCCCCAAUACACCACCACCCUCCUCGCAACAACAUAUAUCCAACAGCAACAACAACAAUGGUCUCAACUCCUCCAAUUCGCUGGUGGGAGAUCUCUCCACAUCACCAUUUGCUGCACACUUACCGCAUAAUAUACAUCCUGCGGCCGCGGCACAAUUCAUGGCUGCCUUGGCCAUGCAGCAGCAACAACAACAACAACAACAGCAGCAGCAACAAAAUGCUGGCAAUACCUCACCCACAUCCCAUUUAUUAGGAGGUUUCAAUGGCCAUACCCAACAUCAGCAUCAUCACCAUCAUCAUCAUCUAAAUCCACAUGCACUCUCCUCCGCACAGCAACAUUCUUCGAAUCAACAUCAUUCGUAUGAUACCAUGGAUACCAUACGCUCCACCUCAAGUCCUGGCUCAUGUGGAGGCAGUGAUAAUAAUUCAGCGGCCAGCAGCAUAAGUCCACCGUAUCAGUGCUUGCAUUGUACUGCAUUGUUUCAAACACGUCACGAAUUGGAGAAACAUGAACUUAUGCAUUCACCCAAUGCGCAGUCGCCACAGUCCCUAAAUGGUGUUAAUCAAAGCUGCAAAAUCUGUCACAAGGCUUUCGCCAAUGUCUACCGUCUGCAACGUCACAUGAUCAGUCAUGAUGAGUCGGCACUACUACGCAAAUUCAAGUGCAAUCAAUGUGAUAAGGCUUUCAAAUUCAAGCAUCACCUCAAGGAGCAUGUGCGCAUACAUUCCGGCGAAAAGCCAUUUGGUUGUGAUAAUUGUGGCAAGAGAUUUUCGCAUUCCGGUUCCUUUUCAUCGCACAUGACUUCGAAGAAAUGCAUAAGCAUGGGCCUGAAAUUGAACAACAAUCGUAAUCUGCUGCUCAAGAGUUUGGACAAGAAUAUAUCUGCAUCGGCCAAUACUUCACCCACAGCCUCUCUGAAACUGGGCUCACCCAAUGGCAAGACGGCAGUGGAUGCCCAAAGCAUGGUGCAGAGUCUAACCAAUACCAUGAAUUACUUUGCGGCCGAUAAUAAUGCCAAUGCUGCACAAGCUUCAAAUCCAUUCUAUUCAAAUUUACUGCCCAAAUAUGGUGACUACAAUAGUGCCAUGAAUGCCGCCCUAUUGGCCUCAUUCCCAAAUCCAUUCUAUAGCAUGGCUUUGGAUCCCCGUAUGCAUCCGUAUAGUAUACAACGUCUAUUGGAGUUGACUGCUGCCGGCCAGCAGCAACAACAGCAAACAGCUCUGACGCCCCCACCUUUGCAUCACCAGGUGGGGGAGGCAGAUGUGGCAGCGGCGGAGGAUGAAGAUGAUAAUAGCAAGGAUUUGAAAAUAGCCUCCAAUGUAGAUGAGGAGGAUGAAGAUAACACCUCAGAGACAUUGGAAUUAAAUGAUGAGGAUAAUCAAGAUGAACCAAAACUGGUUAUGGAUUUGGAGGCCGAGCCAACGAACAAAGAAACAGAAACAAACCACACCACCACUCACUCUACGGAGAUGAAUGAAAAGCCGAAGGGAAAUGAGGAAAAAGAAAAUGAAAUGCCUCCAGAGGAGGAAGAAAUUACCACCAAUGGUAAUGUCCCUAACAAUUCCAGUCUCAUUAAACAAGAAAAAAUCCCAAGUGAAACACCUACCGACAAAGAAGCCAUCGAGCAACAGGCAAUGCAAGAAUCGCACUUACCUGAACCCCUUGUUCAACAUCACAUUAAGCAGGAGCAAUUCGAGGAAUCCCAAGAACCCUUGGAAAUGUCCACCAAUGAGGAGAAAUCUUCGGAGGACUUGCCAGAUUCAGUCAACUCUUCUUCCGAACUAAGAUGUUCGCGUUGCGAUAAAAAAUUCAAUCAUCCCACAGAGUUGGUGCAACAUGAAAAGGUGCUGUGUGGUUUUAUUAAACAGGAAUUGGAGCAACAAUACCAUGCACAGCAGCAACAGUUGUUGGAACAAUCGGCCAGUUCUAGUUCAUUUAUGGCCAGCAGUGAUGUUGAGGAUGAACGCGAUGAGGAGCAGGAGCGAGAUUCUCUUUCACGCAAUGAUUGCUCCAGUGGUGGCGAAUCUAAUGCCGAACGUAAGGUGCGGGUGCGCACCGCCAUUACGGAGGAACAACAACAGCACCUGAAGCAACACUAUGCCAUUAAUUCUCGCCCUAGCCGUGAGGAGUUUCGCAUGAUUGCCUCACGCCUGCAGCUUGAUGCUCGUGUGGUGCAGGUGUGGUUCCAAAACAAUCGUUCUCGGGAACGUAAAUUGCAAUAUAACAACAUGAACAACAACAAAAUGACAUUCCCCAUGCAGCUGCCAAGUGGAGGAGUAGUAGCUGCCUCAGUUCCAGCAGCAAGUGCGAGCACACAAAACUUUGAAGCCAAUGCCCCAGAGACGAUGAGUAAGCCUUUAACACUGUCCGAAGAGCUGCCUUUGGAUUUGUCCGUUAAGCCACAGGUUAAGCCUCAUGGUCAGCAACAACAUUCACCCAUGUAUGGCAUAGCCCCGCUACAAUCGGGAGCCAAUGGCAAUAAUAUUAACGGUGAUCUGCAAGAGGCCAUUAAUUUAAGCCGCAAAAUGUCACCGCCCUCCUCAUCCUUGUCACCCACAUCGGCGGCCUCGGUGCCCGCUGUUUUCAAGCAGCAGGCUCAAGCGCAGGCAGCUGCCGCUGCAGCAGCUCUAUACUUUGCUGCUCCUCCCUCACAGGCCAGUGGGGCUCCAAAUUUGCCCCACAACAUGCGUCAGACACCCUCACCCAUAGAAGCUCCCCUGGGUUUGGGUGGUGGUGGUGGUCCUCAACAGACCUCAACACCACGUGGCGCUGCAGCAUUUCCCUCCUUCUCACAAUUGCCACCGUACAUGAUGCCAGCGGCCAUGGCUGCUGCUCAACGCACUUUAAUGCCCAUGGAAGCCUUAUUCCAAAUGACACCUAGUUCGGCGGAAUACGCCCGCCAGCAACAUUCGAUAAUGAACAGUAUUAAAAUGGGUGCCUCCGGCUUGGACUUUAGAGGCAAUAGCUUGAGUCCCGGCUCGGAGAAACGUUCAUGGCGUGACGAUGACUCACGCAUAUCGCAUGAAGAUGAAUACGCCCAUGCGCAGGCGCAGGCGGCUGCCGCCCUAAUGCCACCCAAACCAAAGAGGGCCAAGGCUGAGACGCAUGGUCAUGCUGGUGAUCCCGAUUUGCCUUUCAUUUGUGAUCAGUGUGAUAAAGCUUUUGCCAAACAAAGCUCGCUGGCGAGACAUAAAUAUGAGCAUUCCGGUCAACGUCCCUACCAAUGUAUGGAUUGUCCCAAAGCUUUCAAACACAAACACCAUUUAACCGAACACAAACGUUUGCAUAGUGGCGAAAAGCCCUUCCAAUGUUCCAAGUGCCUAAAACGCUUCUCACAUUCCGGCUCGUACUCGCAGCACAUGAACCACCGGUACUCUUACUGCAAACCCUACAGGGAAUAG